AGGAGAAGGAAAGAGAAAGAGUGGUGGAAGAGGAAAAGCAAGGAAGAGAGGAGGAAAAAGAAGAAGAAACGGAACGAGAGGCGGAGGAAGAGGGUGAAGAAGAGUAAGAGAGGCAUCGCGUAGCCGUAGAAAGUGCGCGCAGUCCACCGUGUACUCGGCAUGGACCGUCAGUACACCCUCUGCGUACUUGUACCCGCGCAUCAGUACCGUAGCUACCUGGACAAUUACCAUCAUCAUCAACAGCAGACGCAGGAACAUCAACGCAGGAGUCUGCAACGUCCGACGUAUGUCCAGUAUCAGCAACAGCAACAACGCGUAACCCAGCAGCAUCAGCAGUAUCAAGAAGAACAGAUUUACGAGAACAUCGUGUCGCAGUACCGCAUGAGGAUGUGUUAUCACAACGAUUACGAGAACGAUGAGCAGAUACAGAGAUUCUAUUGGGAGCAGUGUUACAAGCGCGACGACGCUGAUGCCACGGCGUAUUACUACUGCGAAUACGUAAGAAAUACACACUUGGGAUAUUCGUAUAAAAAAUGGCAUACUUGAGAGUACUCGCCGAUUCUUCGUGAUUAUAUUGUGUCGUUUUCUCAUCUCGAAAUUGAUCCUUUUCCGAAUGUGGAAGUGUGAAAUGCGAAUUACGUUUCCUCGGAAUCGAAUUGUGUUGCCGUGCAAAAUGUGAAAUUAAUGUCUGUCUUUUAAGAGGGUGUUUUUUCUUUUGGAAAAUCUUCUUGCCGAGACGUCAAAACGCGUCGUUGCAGAGAAUGUUUCUUAUAGCCAAACGCAGUUAUGUGUUGGCAUUUGCGUCUUGGUGAACUGAUCUUCUUCAUUGAGAUUGAUAUAUUGUGAUACACUGCGGAAAGAAUUAUGCGGUGAAAACGUCUAUAUAUUGAGAAUAUAUAGAGUGAUACGAAUGUAUAAAAUGAAAUGAUAUAACAAAUAUCUAAUUAUAUUUUUUAUGCGGAGCGUUUAUCAAACACGACAUUAAAGAAUCAACAUACUUUUACAACAAACUCCUAAACUCAAGUUUUUAGAACUUUGUAUGACUUGAAGAAACUUAGAUAACUGUUACAAAUUAUUCUGUUGACAUUUAUUAUCUCUUGAUAUAUAUUAUGUGCACGAUAAUAAAAGUUGUGGUGAUAACUGUUCUAAAAUGACCAUAAAACUCUUGUGUUAUAG